AUGUCAACAAUAAAUUCAAAACAUUCAUCAGGAUCGUUUAGUCAUAAAUCAUUAUCAAAUUCAAGUUUAGGCGAUGGUCAAGUACUUUAUUGUCUUUGUCGAUCAAGUGAUUGUUCAACAUUUAUGAUUGCAUGUGAUGCAUGCAAUAUAUGGUAUCAUGGUUUAUGUAUUGGAAUUAGUGAAAAAGAAUCAGCAAGAAUAGAAAAUUUCUUUUGUCAUCAAUGUCGUCAUAAAACACCCAGUUUACAAAUCAGAUAUAAUAAACCACUAAAGGAAAUUGAAGAAAAAUUAAGCAAAUGCAUUAAAAGACGAUUACAAAAAGAAGCACAACUAUUGAAUCCUUCAUUAAUUUCUAUGCAAAAACAAAAUGAAAUAGCAACUAAUGAUAAAAAGACUAGAGAACAUUCAAGUAGUAUGGAUCAAUUUAUUAAUGAUGAUUCAACUAGUAAUCAAUCAGACUCAUCAUCAUCAUCGACCAAUGUCAUGUCUCGACAACAGCAAGUAUUACAUGGAAAUACUUCUGGAGUACCUCGAUCGACCGGUAUUCAAUCUGUACAAUAUGAAGCUUUACUUUCACGUGAUGAACAAGAACAAACAAAUAAAAAUUUGAUAAACACAACAAAACGUUCAUUAAUAACAAAAAAUAUUGGAACUAGUGAAAAACGAAAAAGAAAUGUUAGUAGUAGUGGUAUGACUACUAUCAAACGUGAACCACGGUCAGAAUUAAAUGAUGAAGAAGAUACAAAAAAUCUUAGUGCUCGACGACGUAAUCGUAUCAAUGAAAAAAUAUCUCGUCAAUGUUACGGACCAGGUUGUCUUUUCGAAGCACGUCCUGCAUCAAAAUAUUGUUCGAACAAAUGUGGUUUAGAACUAGCUCGAAAUCGUCUUCUUCAAUUUCUUCCAAUGCGUCUAAUGCAAUGGCAAACAAUUCCAUCUGUUGCUGAUACUUUAAAUAAAAAAGCUAUUGAUGAAAUUCGAACUGAAAUUGAAGACAUAAAACAACGUUUAUCAGUACUUGAUGAACGACAACGAAAAUUAAAUGAAAUAAUUGAACGUGGAAAACAAUUAAAAGCGAUUAAAGAUACAAAUAAAAUUGAUACAACGAAUGAUGAAUCUGAUGGAAUGUAUUUUUGUAUUUUAUGUAAUCAAGAAAUAAGUCAAAAAUCUUAUACACGUCAUAUUGAUAAAUGUUUUAUUCGAUUUGAAAGUCAAGUAUCAUAUGGAUCAAAUGUUAAAUCUAAUAUUGAAGGUUUAUUUUGUGAUAAUUAUGAUCGUACAAAUAAUCUUUAUUGUAAACGACUUAAAGUUAUUUGUCCAGAACAUUCACGAGAUCCAAAAAUUGGUCCAGAUGAAGCAUGUGGUUGUCCAUUAGAGAAAGAUUUAUUUGAAGUAUCAGAUGAUUUAUGUACAGUUCAAAAACGAUUAUGUUCAAAACAUUUUAAAUGGGAUCGAAAGCAUCGUGCUCAAAUUGAUCUUGAACGAUUACAUGAAUUAAUGCGUUAUGAAGAACUUGUCGAAAAAGAAAAUCGAUUACGAACAGCUAUGAAUGAACGAGGUUCAGUAGCAGGACUACUUUUACAUAAAACAACGGCUCAUUAG